AUUUGGCGGCGGCUUGCGGCAUCUGGCGAGUAUUUUUAUUUCUACCCUUUAUCUGAUGGAUUUAAAGCCUAAGCUGAGAACAUACCUGAGAUAACGCCCCUACCUGAGAUAUUUAUCAUAUAUAUUACCCGCGUAAUAAAAAUGACCAUUACAUACUGAAUUCACAAAAUAAAGUAUGGACUUUUCUACGCCACCGCCCAAUUCAAAACGUUUAGUUGCUUCUAUACAUCUAAUUAUUUUGCAAACAUGUUUUAUGUAAUUUUAGACGUUAUGAAUUAAAUUAAGUGUGUAAAAAUAACCGAUGUUUAACUUUUUAUUUUCAUUGUGCAGCGUUUGAGAUAUAUCUGGCUAUCUACAAACAAAUCAACCUAGCAACCAUACAUUAAGAUGGCGCCGCCCAUCCGCCCAGAAAGUAAAACUCGAUCGCUAGCAGCCGCUUCGCUUUCCUCUGCGCAGUAGGAAAAAGACUCGUCUACGGACCGCAGAAACGGUGCAUAACCGUUACGUAAACACUCUUAAAUGUAGCCAGUCACGUUCGCAGCACCGAUGCUCUCCUUCAUAACGCGUAGCCUUCGCGCAGCUGUGCGCUCGGCGCCAGCGCAAGUGUCGACCCAGCACCGCCGUCUCCAACACAGCGGAGAGGUGCAACCGGCCCAGCGCACACUGCUCUCCCUUCGGCCGUCCCAGUUCGUCGAGUUCCUCCGGUCUCGCAAAAUUCAGCGAUGCUUCGCCGUGUGGAACGGCGAGUCCGUCGUCACCUCGCACCCCGAGAUCCAGGAGUUGGCGGAUUGGAUGAACACGGGCCGGGAGCGGCAGUUUCGCCGGCACGAGGCCCUGUUCAUGCAGCUCGGGCUGCGCACGGGCUGUUUGCUCACGGCUUUCCUGUGGCGCACCGACCGCGGGCAGGCGUACGGAGGCAUACGGCUACAGCCGUACAACACCUUGGAGCAGUUACUUCAAGACGGUCUGCGACAGUCCACAUUGCUUGGCGUGAAGGCUGCCCUGGCUGGAAUAUGGCUAGGUGGCGGAAAAGGCAUCAUCCCUCAGCCAGACGAUCGACAGCAUGUGCAGCCAGAGUUCCGUCAGGCACUGUUUUAUGACUACGGGGACUUUCUAUCCUCCCUCAACGGCUGUUAUGUGGCCGGUCUGGACGUCGGAGUGAAUUCUCAGGACAUGGCCAAUGUCCACAUGCGUACCCGGUGGGCGGUCAACGUGCCAGGCGACAUGGGAGGCUCGGGAAACGCAGCACCUCUCAUCGCCAAGGGAGUUGUGUGUGCCCUGGAGGCAGCUCUGGAGCACGGCCAGCUGGGCUCCCUGCGAGGCAAGAGCGUCUGCGUGCAAGGGGCGGGGAGCAUCGGUCGCGAGAUCAUGCUGAGCCUAGUGGACCAGGGUAUCUCCCAGCUGCACGUGACGGAUGUCCAUCAGAAGCGGGUGGACGACGCCUACGACCUCCUCGCUGGGCGGUUGGGCAGUCGUCUCAAGGUCACGAGGGUCCCCGUGGGCGAUGUGAGCAUCCUCAAGGAGAAGUGUGACAUCCUGGUGCCCUGCGCUAUCCCCCACGUCCUAAGCCCACAGACCAUUCCAAGCCUAGGAGCCCAGGUGGUCUGUGGACCAGUCAACGAACAGCGAGUCUCGGACGACGACUGUCAGCUGUUACAGGACCACGGUGUCCUCUACGUGCCCGAAUACCUCUUCAACCGCAUGGCUGUGGUGAACUCGGCGUACGAGUGGUACGGGAGGCUUCAAGAGGACCCCGAACUAGAGAAGCACUUUGGCAACUCCUGGGAACAUUCGAUUGGCGUGAUGGUGCGCCGGGUGCUGUGCCAAGCAUCUGAGCAGGGCCAAUCUCCAGUGCUGGUGGCAGACGCGCUUGCGGAGGGCUUGUCGCGGCAGCUGCACCCGCUCUGGCCCGGCCGUGCGCGCCAGGUGAUCUCGGCCCUGGUCACCCACGGCUGGCACCGCGGCCACGAUUUCUGGAGGGACCGGCUCCACUUCAUCACCACCCACGGCUACGCCUGAUCCCGUCGCGCCGCUCGUCUAGGACAUCCCGACAAAAUCGCAUCCGCAGUCCACAUUCAGCGUUCAGCGAGGCCACGGGGUCGUGGCCGAAAGAAUCUCAAAGGACGGCUUCAAGUAGGGACUUGAACCCAUACCACAUAGAAAACAAGGCCUUUGCCCCCAAACGUCAUCACCAGGGGAUCCACGUAAUGCCGCCUAACUUGCAUCGGCAUCGCCACCAGAGCUUCUCGCAGCUUCUCAAAAUCAGCACGAUCCUGGCAUGCGGCGUCGCUGAGACAGACGCGUCUGCCGCUUUUCGGCGAAUCUCGUCAAGCUUUAGUAAUGUGCAAAUCUUCUCUUCCAGGUGGUAUUGCUUGAUUAGAAACAGGCAUCGAAGUGCCAGCCGACGUUUCCGCUACGCCGACGGAAUGAGAAGGACAGGGCAUCUCUUUUAGAAGCUCGCUGCCUUCCGCAGAGCUUUGGCUGUGCGUGCCGCCGAAGUGUUAUCAGAGCUAGGAAGCUUUUGCUGGGGGAGGAGCACCUGAAGGACCUCCUUGCCACUCUCACUAAUGUGUUAGUGAUGAUAGGCGGCUUGACUUCUUCACGGUUGAGUGAUCAGGGUUAUCGCUUUGAGGUUACCAGGAGAUUCCUUUUCGAGUUCUUCAAGCAGGGACUGCUGCUCACGAGAAUGCCUUAAAGGGGCACUGACACUCCAAAGGUCGUAUUAUUUUUUAUUGUCUAAAACGAUGCAAGUUGUAGUCAUAGACACGCAAAAAAAAUACCGCAACGAAAAAAAACAUUUUUCACACGCGUGUUCACCUUUUUAUUUUUAAUGUUUUUCUCUCUCGCCCCUCACCUCCUCGUUUCUUUUGAUUUGUGAUGUCAAAUAUGAAAUUUAGAACAUUUAAUAGCGGCAUUCGUAAAACAUUUUUUUUAACGCAAUUUCAAAUGCUCUAUGGCCCUUCUUUUUGAAAUACUGAAAAUCGGAGUUUGGUGUGAUGCCGCCUCCUGGAUUUUAAUCCUCCUUGGAAAACAUGGCGGCGCUCGAUGCAUGUAGCAGAGGAUGAUCAGUUGGUCGGGGAAUUGGACAAAGUGGUCUUUUUUAGGUGCCCAACGACCUCUCAGACUUCGAAAAGGAAAUCGUCAAACAGUCGGAACAACUGGGUUUGGUGUCUGUGUAUUGUAGUUUCGGUUGUGACUCCGCCAGGGCAGUCUUUCACGUAAAACUGGCGAGAUGUGGCCCCUCACGUUUUUCACAAAAGUCCACUACGCGUUCUCCACAAAAGUCCACUACGCAUUCACUUUGACCUCACACCGUUUCAAAGAAUUUAAGAUUGCUGAAAGGUCCUUUCAGCAAUCUUAAAAGAACUUCACACUUGAAAGUCAAGCACUGUCUGCUUGCAGCGAUAGGCGGCAUGGCACGCACGAAGAAAACCGGUUGUUCGCGCAAUGCCGGCGAGCACGACAUGGCGGGAACAGCGGUUCGGAGCGGAAACGGGAACGAAACUUGACUCGCAGGGCAACUCAAGAUUUGAUGUCACUGCUCUGGCGCAGAUCGUGCGGGAACUUCGAAUUCGUGAUUUGGAAAUUGUUUUGUUACUUCACAAAUACUGAAUUAUGAAGUUUCGAAUUUUGAGGGUAAUGUCCAGGCAUCGUUUUCAAUAUUUUCGGAUAAUAAAAAAAAUUAUGAUUUCGACGUGUCAGUACUCCUUUAAGAUCCCCCCCCCCCCCUUGCCACUUGGCUUGUCAGUAUCAAAUCUCCCGCUUUGAUCGUCCGGCCGUGAAUGCUUGCACCAUACUUAUUCUCCAGUUAUUGUAUAUAAGGUUCCAGGUUUUCGGAUGAAACCGAGUCAAUUCGGUAAAUGCUAGCCUCUGCAAUUGUUGUUUUUCCGGAUCUGCUCUAAAAAUUAGUGUGAAGUGCCGGGUCAGUGACCCUGAGGAAGUCCAUUCCAUUUCACCCUCUAAACUCAGACGAGCUCUUACAGGGAGGAGAACCCGGUGCUUUUAUAACUGUGGAAGCUAUGAUCUGGAAUAUCACUUCCAAACACUGAUCAUAAUUUAAAUCUCCUUUCGUGUCUUUUGAUGCGCUUCAGCAUAGAUUUUAUACUCAUUUUAUUAAUAUUUCUAGGGCAUUAGGCUCAGUGUAAUGAAACUGAACUCCACAAAGUACGAAAUUUGAGCAAAUCGAGAAGUUAACAGGUGUUAAAUUUGAUAAAUACUGUGUUUGUGAUGAAAGUCUAGUAGCUGAGCAUGGUAGCAAACUGCAACUCUGAGCAUGUGGAGCGAACAUUCCCACCGCCAAACUGGGUAUCCUCGAUCUGACUCCCGUCACUGCCAACUUAGAUCUGGAUGAGCAUCAUACCGGCAUGCAAUAACUGCUGUGUGAUGCACAUUUUAGACCCUGGGUUAGGCAUUGUACUGCAGUGGCUAAAUACAAUGUCCGCAGUGGGGACAUUGAAUGCUCCUCGACGCACAGAAACUUCCUACCGUCUAAACAUGCAUGCAACAAAGUUUACUUUUUGCUGAAAAAAUAGAGUCUAAGGAACGCCCUCCAAAUUGUAAAAAAUAAUUUAGAAAAACCCGGAACCCGUUGCACUGAAACAAGAGCGUCCGAACUUGGUCCUUGGGAGCCUAUGGACACAAGGACUAGCCGUAGAUCACACCCUGCCUCUUGGCUUUCCUGUAGCACAUCAGUCGCACAAACUCAGUAAGCAUUGUCAUUACUGCUACAAAAAGAGAUACGAUUAUUUGGCUUUAAGUCAUGCAACAGCGAGUGGCGCGGGUGUGCUUAGCAUGCUCAAGCUGUCAAGAGCUUUGUGCCCAGAGGUAGGCAACUUUAAAAGGACUCGAGCAGCAAGAGCUUCUAGGGACAGUCCGGGGAACAUUUAAAUUCUUACGAGCUUGGCACUAGAAUGCGCACUUUAGAAUUUGCUAGGUAUUAUCCCAGCAAACUCACUUUUUGCUAGUAGUUCUUUCACGCUCGGUACUCCCAAAAGUUCUUUGUCCAGUUUUGGCGACACAAAGUCAUGCGGUCUGAAAAACGCUACCGUUUGAACACGUACCAGGAGAAUCAGUUCUGCUGUUCAUCUUUCUUUGAGAAACAUUUUGUUUAAUUCAGGGUGCCUGAUUUCUUUUACUUACGGUCCUGUAGAGAAAGAUCCGUUGCGUGGGGGUGAUGUCUAUAUGUGUACGUUUUUGUCCCAAACUCCCCAACAGUCUUUCGGGAAGCUUUUAUUAAGUAAAAUCGGGUUUUAGUAGAAAGUGUCCAGGCUUGGCUGGGGAGUUUUUCUCCUAAAAGUGUAUGGAAGGUUACGUUGCAUUCAGAAACGCUGUACACCCUGUAUUUAUUCAGUCUUGUCACAGUAGUGCUUUCGGAUGCUUUUUCGUACCUUGCAUCCCCUGGCUUGUUGACAGACUUGUCUUUUUUGGCGGCUUUGAUGAGGGCAUGCAAUCCCUUAAAAGAACAUUAUAUAUUAUAUGACCCUCUACUAUUAACGCACAGGCGUUUAUAGGAGAAACCAACUAACUCAUAAAGUCUUUCACUCUGCAUUUUAAUUUUGUAAGCUAUGUACUUGUUUCUCCCUUAAUUUCAUUAUUAUAGAAACAAACAUGGAAACUGGGAUAGCAAAUAAAUCGGUUCAUAGCAUUAAACAUGUGGUCCUUGGGUGUUUUGACGCAAAAUUUAGUCUCUCCAAACUUCUACACUAUGAUUAAAGUUUGGAGAAUUGACAAAACAUAACAAUGAUUACAGCAAAUAUAAUUCCAUAAGACUGCAAAUAUAAAGUUGAUUACAGCAUUAUCUUCUGAAACCUAAAUGUUAUAGAUAAAAAUUACCAAAUUUUCUCAUACUAUACAUUAUUUCAAACUCCAAAAAGCCACAGAUUUUGUUAGAAUUAUCAGAAAUUCAUCUAAAUUUAAUGAUAGAUAAAAUUGUGAUUUGUUAUAUGGAUGGCUACAGAUACAAAGCAGAUAUUUGAUGAUUUGCUCUACACAGGCCUGCUAACCAUAAGCAGGUGUGCCACACAUGAAACAUUGGUGAAAUGUAUGAGAUAACUUUAUUAAUUCCUCGAAAAUGCCAUUUACCAUGGACUGUUAGACAGCACAUGACAUCUCAAAACAAAAUAAAGUUUCUUAAUCCAGCAAAAAAAUUGUCUAUUGUGAACUGUUAUCUCCUUUCAGCGUGUUUCUUACGGAGCGCCGGUGCACUGGGGAGAAGCAACACCUGCAAAAACGACCUCCAUGGGCGGUGUUUUUUCAGUGCACCGGUGCGCGGAAAGAAGCGCACUCAACGGGGCCGCUAGAGCAAAAGGUAUGGCGAGGAGAUCAAACCGAUGAAACUAUAGGGGGCACAAUUUCAUUAUCAUCAUCAUCAUCACCACAAACAAUUGCUUUGUGGCAAACAACUCCGACGCCAGCACUUGCCUAGCGUAUGCCGACGUUACUAGAACCAACUCAGUUGUGGAACUUUGCUCCAGAGUUCCACAACUGAGUUUGCGUUGCGCCUGUCAGACGGCACUCUAGCAUUAAUACUCGCUAUCAUCAUCAUUGACGGCACGCUUCUGGCCGUUGCUUCUGGCUUACAGACCUUACAGAUGUUUGCGGCGCUCUUUUUGACAGCAGCAGACAACUUUCAAACUUUUUCUGCUGCUGUUGAUAGUCACUGUAAUUCAACGUACGCCCAACGAUGCGCGCCACACUACGAAACUCGAAGUUCGCAUGAAACAAUGCUGCGGUGUCUAGCGUUGGCUAUGACGCUUCGCCACUUUAGCAUGCAAGAGCAAUGGCGAGCCGGAAAUGGCGGUGGGUGCCUGUUAUCACUAUCGUUUGUAUAAACCCCUUAGUACCUCCCUUCCCCUACCUCGCGCUGAGCUAUCGUCACGCUCGCUCGAUAGAUCAAUUUGUUUUCAAGCAAGAUGCAUGAAAAAACCUUUUCCUCAACGCUAACUGAUGUUUCGGCUUUUUAAUCGAAGUAUCUUAAUUCGCUGGGCUCAGCAUUAUAAAAGGGGCAGCGGUCCGAAUGUCUCCUCACCUCGACAACACACAAAUUUACAAGGAAUGUAAAGUCAAUAAUGGAGCUUCCUUUCGAUGUUCAAAGAAGAUGAGUUGCCCUGAAGAAGUCUUGUAGCAAGAUAUCACCUUUCUACAAGUUUUGCUUGCGCACAUCGUUUCAGUGAAGCACUCAAAAUUUCUCACCAAGACUAACUCUUUGCUCGUCGAAGACAAAAAUAAAAUGGCUGUAAUCCCUUGUGAAAUUUAAAACAGAUGGCACUGCCAAAACAUGUUUGAUUCAGACAGCAUGAGCUGUGACCAGAUUUACUUGAAAAUUAUUCACAGAAUAGUUUUAAUCUGGAUUUAGCAUUGAACCACUUUCAUCACAGUUCAUGCCGCGACUAGUUUGCGUGCUCAUUGGGAGCAGUUGGUAUACCCUUUGCACAUCUUUUACAAAUCAAUGUUGCUGAUGGAUGCACUUGUUUCAUUUCUUUUUGCUGCCGAUUUAUAACAGAAUAAGUAUGCUGGAAAGUAGUGUCUGAAUUAGAGCCUAUCUCAGGGACAGAACUCGAAAAAACCAGUUUGACCUGAUGUAUGCCCAGGCGUCUGCUCCUCACCGUUGUGUACGAGACAGGCCACAGAUACAUCUCGAUUAGGAAUCAAUUCAUACUUCCAUAGUUGGCUUUAGCCAAUUCCCCAAGGUGCCGCAACAUAGCUUGAUCCAUGACAGAGGGUAGAGCUUAGAGCCAUUCUCACCAGUUUGGCUAAAACCAGAAAAAAAAAAAAAAAAAAAAACCUAGCAUAAAGAAAACUAAAAUUGUUUCACUGUUUUUAUUUGAAUCAAUAAGAGCACUGAAUUCUGGAACGCACAAACAAACGGCUAGUUGCAGAUUGGCGAAAACCAGGUUGCACCACCAAAAUUUCGCCACAGGGGUUCCCCAAAAUAUUUUCGAUCAAGCAGAACACCUACCUCUCUUCACUGACAGUCAAGAAAUGUCUCUAGGCCUCGACAGUGAUGCAAUACAGCAGUGCAGAAGCCUACAGACCUCGUAAACAGUAACACAGUUACUAUAGCAAGUGUUUGACACAACAUUUAUGCAUCAACGAAUGGCUCUGGAAGAACGUCUUACUUGGGGAGAGGGAUGGCUGAGGAAAUUUGGGACUUUGGGGAAUUUCCAAGGGCACUCUAACCUCUGGGUUCCUUGGGGGACCCCUGAAGGUACUCUAAGGACUCCCUGAGGAUACCCUAGGGAACCUCUAGAGAUAGUUGGUUACCCUUAAGGUAUUUAGGGAACCUCGGGGCCCUUUGGGAAUCCCAAGGGUAUUGGGAACCCUUGAGGGAUGCUCAGUGAUGCGAUUGCUGCGCCACUGGCACCAAACUGUGCCCAAGUGCCUACCCUGCUACAACCUGCUAUAUUUGACCAAAAUGUGAGGAAUUUUUAGCAACAUUGCCCCAAAACUUAAUUUCACUUUAAUAAUACUGAACGUAUAAUAGCUCAGGCCUCGCUACCUUGCCGGAUCGUUACUGUAUAGUUACGUGAGUUUUUAGAACCCUUAAUUAUCGCCUCAAGAAACAUAUUAUUUGAUUGAAUUUCGUAUCAAAAAGUAACAGUACUCGGAAGUUUCACAAUUAUUCUCGUCUUCGUGGUCUGUUCUUAGGAUUAGUUAGUUUUGUUGAGUGCGCUUCUCACCGUGCACUGGUGUACUGCAGAGAAGCAACAAUCGCAAAUUAGGCAUUGCAAUUUUGUGUGUCUUGCUUCGCCGCAGCGCACCCGCUUGCUAACGGAAAAGCACUCCUCCAGGGUGAGACACGACACAAUUUCUGAAUAUGUACAACUUUGGCUUGAAUGAUAGAAUGUGAUAUCCUGGCGGUACCUCCUUUCAAUUUAGAAUUUACCAAGGAUACUUUGGUAUUGCAAGAAUAGUUAUAUGCACUCUUUUGUAGGCUUAUUUCUAUGCCAACUCCUUUGUUUAGUUAUCACGUUUAUAUAGGUAUUAUAAAUUAGAACUAAAUUGACAGGAGCAGUGGAUGGAAGCUUGGGAAGAACAUUAACGAGUUCGGUGGGCAUGUUUUCAAAAAGGCAUAUUGUUAGUGCACAUGCCCAUUUUUGUUAUGAAUUUCUACAUACAAAAAUGUAAUUGACAUUGACACAAAUGACGAGUGCUUUGUUUUUUAUCUGAACAAUAACUUGCAGUUAAUCACAACCUCUGGAACUUGGAGGAAUCAUAAAUUUAGGUGAUCAAAAUCAUUGUAUUCUAUUAUU